AUGUCUGUCCCUACUUCCUUCAAGCUCAACACUGGCGCUUCCAUCCCUGCCAUCGGACUCGGUACCUGGCAGGCAAAGCCUGGAGAGGUCAAGGACGCUGUAUCGCACGCACUCAAGUCUGGCUACAGGCAUAUCGACGGUGCUCUCUGUUACCAGAACGAGAAGGAGGUCGGCGAGGGAUUGAGAGACAGCGGUGUCCCUCGAGAGGAAGUUUUCCUGACCUCCAAGCUCUGGUCAUCUUUCCAUGACCGCGUUGAGGAGAGCCUCGACACGACCCUCAAGGACCUCGGCGUCGACUAUCUCGACCUCUACCUCAUCCACUGGCCCGUCCGUCUCGAGCCUAACGGCACUCACCCCCUCUUCCCCGUCAAGCCUGAUGGUUCCCGAAACCUCGACUGGGACUGGGACCAGUCAAAGACUUGGGCCCAGAUGGAGGACGUCCUCAAGAAGGGCAAGGUGAAGGCCAUCGGUGUUUCUAACGCUGGUAUCCCCAUUGUCGACCACAUCAUCAAGACCGGAACCGUGGUCCCUGCUGUGAACCAGGUCGAACUCCACCCCUACAACCCUCAGCACGAGCUCUUGAAAUACUCCAAGGAGAAGGGUAUCCUCCUCGAGGCUUACUCUCCUCUGGGAUCAACGUCUUCUCCCUUGCACGAGGACCCUGAGCUUCUUGCUGUGGCCGAAAAGCACGACGUCACUGCUGCUACAGUCUUGAUCUCCUAUCAGGUCAACAGAGGGGUUGUCGUCUUGCCCAAGAGUGUGACUCCUGCUAGGAUCAAGAAUAACUUGAAGACUGUCAAGCUUGACGAGGAGGACUUGGCCAGGUUGGACAAGAUUGCUGAGGGUGGCAAGCAGAAGAGGUUUACUGCCCCUCCUUGGGGAUCUGACUUUGGCUUCCCCGACUGGUACGGUGCCGGUAACAAGGACGCCCCUGAAGGUGCCCGCCUUAUCGCCGGCAAGUCUGCUUGA